GUCUACAUGCAGCAGCAUAUGAUCUUGGCAUAGAAUGGGCUGUUAUCAAAGGAGUGGCAGAUUUUGCUGAUGGAAGUAAAUCAGUAGUGACACAAGAAUGGAAGCAAUUUGCCAGUGUAAUGGCAGCAUCUGUUGUCCACAACCUGUUUAUAAAAGAUCAUAUAAUAGAAGAAUGGCCUCACUACAAAAACAUCGAUCCAGGAAUGGCAAGAGGUACAGUAUGUGAAAGUGGGGGAGAGUGAGAAGCAUACAUGCUCCAAUUUUUCAACAUAAUUUUUCCCCCUUGUGUAGUAACAUUGGAGUACGUGAGGGAUGUCCCUUAUUAAAAAGAAGGGACAGUAUUGAACUGUCUUAGAACAGUUAGUAGAACAGUUUAGCAGCGACUGAGCUGUCCAUUUUAAAAAUCCUAUUAAACACACACAUGCAUACAGAGGUAAAUGGUAUAGAGUCAAGUAUAGGAGUAGACAUAUGGUGUUAACGUUAACUUAGCCACAAUCUUCACAGGUGAAUUUUCAGGUUCAAACAUUGUCAAGUAAAUAGAAUUAGGUUGCUUACUUCAUGAGAAUAUUUCUUCAGUUGCUUUUUGAAACGAGCAUUAAUUAUAAAGAAUAUUUAUUUAUUCUCAUUUAUAAAGAUAAAAUUGUUGCAAAGAAACCAAAACUGGAAGAGAGCUCAAAUGAAGAUGAAUAUGAAGGCCAAAAAGAAUCACAGCCAGCUUCAAGAAUGUGUGUUAGUUGUCGUGCUAGAAACGAAAAUCAGCUUCCAGAUGACCGCAACGAGUGGCCAAUCAUAAAGUCGAAAUCAGUUAUUUCCAAAAGAUUUGCAAGCUACUUGACCUUGACAAUGUCAGUAAAGAGCCAAUUCUGAGCGCUCUAGAAUGCUUCGACGUACUCGAAGCUACCAUUAUGAAAAACACAUUUGAGGCAAAAGGAGGAAUAGGGCUUGCCAAAGAUGCACUCCUGAAAUGGGGUGUUGCUGAUGGCGAAAAUAAUGUGGGGGCCCUUAAGAAGAUUGUCGAAAAUAAAAUGAAAAGAACUGAUGUCCUUGAUGAAAUUAAGAAAUGGGAAAAGUUAUCUGUUUGUCAUGGAUGUGGCAUCAAACUCAAGAUCAAACAGUCUGAUAAUACAAACAGUCAAACAGCCUGA